AUGGCACAGGCUAGAGAAGAAGCAGGUGACAGCCGCAUGGUGUCUGGUCGGGAGCCAUCAUCACAUACCAUCAGAGUGUCUGUCAAGACCCCGCAGGACUGCCAGGAAUUUAUGCUGGCAGAAAAUAGCAGCGUCCGUCACUUUAAGAAACAGAUCUCCAAACGCCUUCACUGUGACACUGACCGACUAGUGCUUAUCUUCACCGGAAAGAUCCUCCGGGAUCAAGACAUACUGAGCCAACGUGGCAUCCUUGACGGAACUACGGUUCACUUGGUGGUGAGGACUCGUGUGAAAGGAACUCUGCCCAGUCCUGGAACUCUGCCAGACCCCACAGGCCACUGCACACAUCGUUCUGAACCCUCCAGCUCUGAGAGUGCUGGGAUGCUAGCCAGGCUAGGCCAGCUAGUCCGGAGCUCACCUGAUCUGGCUGACUUCUUUGGCCAACUGGCUCAACUCCUAAUGGCUGCACCUGAACCCGUAGUGCAGUUCCUGGAAGACCCUCUGGUUCAAGGCCUGGCAAGUGAGAAACCAGCCAAUACCAGCCAUGUUCCUGAAUCCUCAAGGCCAGUACAGAAACCUGAACCAGUUCCUAAGGCUCUAGAAAACUUGCAGAGCCCAGCCCGGCAACAGGAGCUCCUGCAGGCAGACCAGCGGGGACUAGAGGCCUUGAAGGCAGUGCCAGGUGGUGAUAAUGCCAUGCGUCCGGUUGGCUCUGAUAUCCAGCAGCUCAUGCUCUUUACUCUGGCCCCACUGGUUGCUUCCAAAGGCCACAACCCAGGUUCAGAACUUUGCAGAGAAGAGGUCAAUGCUCACAGCAGUACUGACACCACCACUGCUGUCCCCACAGCCUCCACCUCUGCCAGGCCAUUGAUGCAGGAGGUCAGUGCAGGAGUAGCUGCUCAGUCCAGGGGCAUGUUCUCAAACCAGGUCAAUUCAGGGUGCAGGACCGGUAUGCCGGACUCAUACUCAGGUCAGGAUCUUUCCCCUGAUGAUGGCCAGCAGCCCAUAGGGAAAGCCACUUUAACCAGUCAGCUGAGACCCUCACCCUCUGCCUUGCGUAGAGCUUUGCAUGUCCUCCAGCAAAAUCCAGCUCUGCUACACCAGCUGGCCACUGGCAGCCCCCUGCGACAUCAUAUACCACUUCUUCCCAUCCUCACGAACCCACGAGCACUGCAGGCAUUGAUACAGAUAGAAAAGGGCCUGCAGAUACUGUCUAGGGAGGUGCCUGGGCUGGGACCUUGUUUAUGGGGCCCAGGUAGACCACAUGGGGCUACAGGAGCCCCUGAAACCAGGGGUGGAGGACAGGGUCACAGAGCCGACCCUGUGCAACCCACUUUGGCCGUUCUUCAGCUCCUUCAUGCACUGGCCAAUGCCUGCUCUCAGUCUACCCAAUCCCCACUCUUCUCAUCCCCUCAUACUGAAGGCCGCUACCAGCAAGAACUGGAGCAUCUGAAGGCCAUGGGCUUUGCUAAUCAUGAUGCUAACCUGCAGGCCCUGAUGGCCACAGGCGGAGACAUCCAUGCUGCCACUGAGAGGCUGCUGGGGGAACCAGAGGCUUAG